CUUGACAGAUAAAACAAAAUGUCAGUUGAUAAAAAUAUUUAGAGGUUGUGUUUGUGACCGCUGAAUCGCAGUAAAUUAUUAACAAUUACUAUCGAUUUCCGUUUAAAAAUAGCUUAAACGCUAUCGAGUUAUAACAUCAAGUUGUUAUUUUACUAAAUAACAAUGAAUAACUCCGCUGCAAAAGUGAGUGAAAUAUUUCGUGAAGCGGGCACCGCAUUCAACAAGCUGGCUGAAAUGACGAAGCUAUUGCAUCCUAUGGGGGACUCUCAGCCCGGUGGGAAGUGGACAGACGACGAGAUUGAGAUGCUACGGGCUUGCGUGCACCGAUUCGCCGUGGACUUGAACAGUCUGAGCCAGCAUAUCAAAGGUCGUACGGUCAACCAAAUACGCACUACGUUGAAGAAGAAAGCGUUUGAGGAUGCGAGUAUUCCCGUGAGGCAAGUGACUCUGAACAUGUUGAAUGCUUCUGAGAACGAGGUUGAUGUCGACGGGCUCAACGAUGACGUCAAGCUGGAGUUCGAGUCGACGAACGACGAAGUGGCCACUUGAUGUGACAUGUUUAGUUUUCCCUAAGUUUGUUGUGUAUCGCCACAACAAAGUUAGGCAAAGCUAAAGUGAACAGUGAAAGUGAUGGAGUACACUCUAGGUUUAGUUUCUAGUGCUUAUUGUUAAGAUAUACUUGUAACUUGUUAUUAUUAAAUGUAUUAACUCGAGUGAGUUAACUUUAUUAUA